ACGAAAGUCGGCACGCUUUCCCCGCGCUGUGCGCCGAUUCUCGCGUUCGUGCCCGUCAGUUGAUCCCUGGAGAUGCGCCAAAUCAUUAGUUGAAGCCGUGCAGGCAGGUUGUUCUGUUUGACCCCCUCUGCAAGUCCUUGGCCCCUCUGGACUUAUGAGUUUAUCUUUGGACGCGCGGUGGUGGGACAUCCGGAAUGGGGAAUCCGUAGGAGAAGACGACGCUGGCUGGUUUGCUGUUGGCGAUAAAUAGGGCGCAAGCGCACCGACGCGCUCUUCGCCCGCAGAGCCUACGCACGAGAUGGACUUUAAGAAGACAAAAUUUGGCAAGUUCAUGAACUGCAGGGUGCCGGCCAGUAAGAGAUACCAGCCCACUGAAUAUGAACAUGCUGCAAACUGUGCCACACAUGGGUUGUGGAUUCUUCCCAGUAUGGUUGGUGGGUCUGUCCUCUACUUUCUGUCUGUGGACCAAUGGCAUCGCGUUGCUGCCUGGCUCUAUGGGAGCGGCCUCACCGGCUUAUUCAUCACCUCAACUCUCUUCCACACUGCUGCCUGGAAAAUCAGCCACCUCAGGCAGGUGGAGCAGCGCUUCCACAUGUGUGAUAGAAUGGCCAUCUACUUCUUCAUCGCAGCCUCAUACUCGCCCUGGUUGAUGCUGAGGGAGCUGGGACCCUGGGCGUGCCACAUGCGCUGGCUCAUCUGGAUCAUGGCUUGCAUAGGAUCGGUUUAUGUCUUCUUCUUCCAUGAGAGGUACAAGCUGGUCGAGCUGCUGGGAUACGUGGCCAUGGGGGCCGUUCCUGCUUUGGUCAUUCUCUGUAUGGUGGAGCGUACAGGUGUGUGUGAACUGGCCAUGGGAGGUGUCUUCUAUGGGGUGGGCGUGGUCUUCUUUAAGAGUGAUGGCCUCGUUCCAUUCGCCCACGCGAUCUGGCAUCUGUUUGUGGCAGUUGGGGCAGGCAUUCAUUACUACGCCAUCUGGAGGUACCUGUACUUACCUGAGACACAGCUGCAGACAUCGAGGUGACUGGCUGCUGUCUCCUACAUUAAAUGUUUCCAUACCGACAGGCUGAAUGGCAAAAGUGCAUUUUAGUCAUGUAUUUGUGACAUCACAGUUUUGACUACAUUUAGCUUCACUUAUGAAGCUGCACCACCUGGGACCAAAUACUUGUACUGUAUGCUGAUUAUAUAACAUGUAGCCUCACUGGACCAAGUUUACACUAAUUUAGAUUCUAAUUCUUUAGCAUAAUUACAGACAUUAAAACUGGUUUGUGUGGACUGCCAGUAGAGUCACAUAGUGACAGCCCUGCAUUAUGAAUCAUCAUUCCUGUUUAUCGCCCUCAGUUUAAAGGAAUAGUUUGACAUUUUUUUGGAAAAGCGCUUAUUUAUUUUAUUGCAGAAUCAGAUGAGAAGAUUGAUAACAAUCUAAGAUCUGUGUCAUAGUCACGGGCACAUUUUCAGAUGUGCAGAGCCUGUCACAGAGAUGUGUGAUCACAUCUACUGUCUGGCCCCCUUCAUGAAGCCCUGAUCCCAGAUAGAGAUCAUGGAGUCAGUCUGGAAUCCCAUGAACAGAAGCAGGAGCUUCAGAAAUACUUCACCAAGAUGUUUCAAACAUCCUCCCUGACACGUAUCCUGAAAAACACAGUUCAAGUGCAAUGAAGCAGAACAGGCGCACAUUCAAAUGUGGAAAUGGUGCGCAAUGUUUUUGUCACAGUUUGCGGUUGAGCAUUGAUGUUGACAGUAGUGUGCACUGGCGUGUCACAGUCUGCUCUGAGGUGCGCUUGCUUUCGUUUGGUGGGUGUUGAAAACGUUGCCCCAUCACCUUUAAAUCCUGUCGUGUUAAAAAGGCUGGGAUGAGUGCAACGCCGGGUCAAGAGAGUAUUCAAGGGACUGCUGUUUCUGUUAGAAAGAAAAAAUGAGUGAAGGUUUCCUACAUUUGGUUGGGGGCUAAGCGAUGGCCAAGUGAUGUUUUAAUAGUGAGAAUAUUAAUCUGAUUUAGGGUUUUUUUCUAUUUAAUGCAUUUUAUUCCUAUUAUUAAAACUAGAAACCAGAGAUGGGCUUUUAUCAUUCAAUCAACAGGCUGAAAUAUGCGGGUCCUCAGGAGUUACUACUUCACUGCCACACAAGCACUUAUCUUUAAACCCCUACGCAGCACUCAGGAUUCCUGAUUGUAUCUUACAUGGUUGUGAUGCUGUCAGACAGAUGUGUAUUUCCCAAAGUACUAAAAACAACCUUUGUGGUAUUUCCCACUACAGUCAGUGUCUCCAGGACAUUUUGCCACUGACAAACCAUCAAUACCAGUUACUCACCUGUGGCUCAUGACUACUCAGGGCCUUAUUUUAGAAGCAUGAGGUUAUGUCCAUGAGGUUACUGGGAAAUCAAUAAAGAAACCAGCAUAUCACUGUUUUUAUGCCAGACUAAUAAAAAUGUAAGAGUGUUAUUGAUCUUCUCAUCUUUACAAGAAUACAUGCAUUUUCCCCAAAAAUGAUCAAACAUUCCUUUUAGCACAUCUGUUACUGGACUGACUGCACCUCCUGAACUUUACUAAGCUAUUACGUUCCCUACUUUCAGUAAUCCAAAUGCAGCAGCUGUGCCAAAACUCAGCACACAGGAAUUCCUUUUUGCCAUUGGUGCCACAUCUUUGCACAGCUGUAAAAUCUGAGAGUCAGCCAACAAACCUGUCACUAAAAAAAAAAAAAAUAUGGAUUUUGGUAUAAAGGCUGCUGCAGAUUUUUGCCACUAUGUCAUAUGACCUCUUGAGAGGAUCUGUAUUUCAUAUCAUUUCAUUUUCAAAGCACAUCUACUGCCACUGCUUUCAUGAUUAAACAUAAUCAUCUUGGGUUGAUGAGAUUGAGUUAGGCAAUCUGCAGACAGACUUUAAGGUCACAUAUUAUGUCUGUGUGAUACACUGUAGCCAGACUGCAAGUGAUCAGCCUGAUGAUAACAGGCAGCUACUUGCCUGGCUGUGACUUAGCUUUGGGUUUUUUUUUUCCAAAUGUAAAGAUUUCAAAUUUCUCCUGAACUGUAAUUUGAUUUCAAAAACAAGAAGUCCAGCUCAUUCUGAAAAUGUCGAGACCUAACGCAUUUCGUAUCCUGUUCAAGGGACUUUAAAUGCCAGUUGUUUAGUCUAAAUGGUGCACUCUUCUCUCUGAGCACUUUUCUUUCAACAGUCGUGAAGUAUACAGACUAUGACAGAAUCAACGUAGAUCAGGAAUGCAAAUUCCUACUUCCACAUUUCAUGAUUUCUAGUAUUUCAAUUGUUUCUGUUUUAAUUCUUAGAAAACAGAGCACUUACUCAGGAAAUGAGCAUUUUUAACUUUUUUUAAUCAGAUGAUCUAUUUUGUAAAAUGAUAUUUCUGUCAAAUCACUGUAUUAAAGAAGAAACAUAUUACACUGAAA